GCCUCUUCCCCACCUCGCUGCGGAUCUACCGAAGCCACUGCAGCGAAUCCGUCAUCCGUCGACAGAAAGACCUACACCAAGUCCAGUAAUACUAUAUUACGAUCCACAAUAUCGGCCUGCAUACACUCUGCGUCUACUGUACGACGUCGCCACGAUAUAUUUCAGUAAUAUUUCGCCGAAGACGAAGACAGCCAAACCGACAAAAUGGGAAAUGAAGCAAGCUAUCCGCUGGAAAUGUGCUCGCACUUUGAUGCUGAUGAGAUUAAGAGACUAGGGAAAAGAUUUAAGAAACUCGACCUGGAUAACUCUGGCUCUCUUAGCGUGGAAGAGUUUAUGUCCUUGCCAGAGUUACAGCAGAAUCCACUGGUACAGCGAGUUAUUGAUAUAUUCGACACGGAUGGAAAUGGAGAGGUGGACUUUAAAGAAUUCAUUGAAGGAGUCUCUCAGUUUAGUGUUAAGGGAGACAAGGAACAGAAACUACGCUUCGCUUUCCGUAUCUACGACAUGGAUAAGGAUGGCUACAUAUCCAACGGGGAGCUGUUCCAGGUCCUGAAGAUGAUGGUGGGGAAUAACCUGAAAGACACGCAGCUUCAGCAAAUCGUUGACAAAACCAUCAUCAACGCAGACAAGGACGGAGACGGGAGGAUAUCUUUUGAGGAGUUCUGUGCGGUGGUUGGCGGCUUAGACAUUCACAAAAAGAUGGUUGUGGAUGUGUGAUAGACUCCAGUGGCCCCCCCUCACCAAACUCCUUUUUCUCUCUGCUUUCUUCUCCAUUUCUGAAGAUCAGCUCAAGAUGUCCGGCAAUCGCUUUUUUCUCUCUUCUCUUCUCUCUCUCAUAUUCUCUCUCUAUCUCUCUCUCUGUGUGUGUUUUUUUUACAAGAAUUUUUUUUUUUCCUGUCACGUCUCUGUCCCCCCACCCCCACCCCCCCUCACCCUCUGUGAGCCUCGUGACGCCAGCUCUGCUAAGUGUUACUGAUCGCGACGUGUUCUAUCAGUAAUCAAUAACGGUGGUGUUUAACGACAGUUGGAGGGACAGAUAAUUAAUCGCUGAGUGAGCAUUUCAGUUUGGUGGAGGAGGAAAAGGAGGAGAGGGUUAGUGUGUGUGUGUAUGUGUAUGUGUAUG